UGGUCGUAUUUUAAGAUAAAAUCUGUGCGAUUACAAUGGGCGAAGAGAUAGGUUUUUCGAGUUGGGACCCUUUGGCGGAGGAUUUUAAUAACGAAGAACUUAAUAAGUACGAAAGCGGGCCAGGUGGAAACUUACAGGCCGAAUCUAUUUCACAUACGGAAGGAAUGACAAAACGUGAACUAAAGCGGAUCAAAUAUCCAUACAUCGUAAUAAAAAAAAACGGAAAGCAUAUAAACGAUUUUAUGUUGUCAAAUUAUAUUGGAUCGCAACUUAUUUAUGACAUGGAGUUUAUCCCUAGCAAGUUACUUUUUUUUGUGUAUUUUCACAACAUUACGGCAUUUGAAGAGGCAUUCAUAAAGUUGCAACGAUUUAAUUUUGGUUUGGAUUUUGUUGUGGGACGCCCACCUGCAGAGGAACCGACUACCAAUCAGGACGUUGAGCAAAAUGAACAACCGGAGUCGACAUCAAACCCCGAAUCAACCGAAACAAAUACUUGCAGCCUUACCAUAGCAGAAGACAAGCAGGAGCAUCCACCUUUCUUUCCCGUUCCCUUGGUAGUUAAAAAAGAUUACACCGCCAAGAAUUCGCAGCUGGCGAUCAACGAUGUGAACAGGCGUUACCUAAGCGUAAAGUUUGACUUCACCCUAGAGCGUCAUGGCGCUUACGUUCUGAAGGAGUCCAUCGAUGAGGAUUGCGAGCGCCAAUAUCGCUUUGGUCGGGUGUUGACUGUUGCUAAAACCCCGCCAGCAAUGCCUAGUACUGAAAGUGUAUUAAGUGACGAAGAAUUGAAAGCUUUGUUUGGCGCAAUGAAAUGUUGUGACUGCGAGCUACAUACCGACAAUAGCUGCAAGUAUUGCGGCAUACCUUAUUGCAAUGCAAUUUGUUUUAAUGCAAUUUGUGAUGAGCAUGAGAAACUGUGUAAGAACUUUGCUAAGCUUCCAGAACUGGAACGUGUAAAAAAUAACAUGCGCUGCAAGAUACCAAAGUUGCAACAGCUUGAAUUACCUCCAUCUGGCUCCAGUGUUCAAAUCACCGCCUUCGAACAGACCAAUGUAGUCUACAUACGGUCAGUAGAUAUGCAUUCCAGUGUGGCUUACAUCAAAAUCCUGUCAACCGUUAUGAGAAAGGGGAAAUGUGCACCCAAAUUGAAGCAUUUGCCGCAGACCGGACAAAUUGUAAUUUACAAAUUCGACAGAGAGAUUGUGCGCGCCAUGGUGCUCAAUGUGGACGAUCCACAGGCGAUAUACCUGGUCUGUGUCGAUUUCGGAAAUAUCGAGAUCACAACUCUGGAUAGUCUGUAUGAGUGUAGCACAGACCUGGCCGAACUGCCUCGUUACGCCAUUCCUGUAUUGUUACGGGGUAUUCCCAGACGAUAUAUGCGCCCAGAGGUGCGCAAUGUGCUCUACCAGAUUCACGAUACGUUUUCAUUUGUGCUGAAGUAUAAUGAGCGCGAGUUUGAUUCUAAUGGAGGUAUGCAGCGGGUUCUUCUCUUUGAACGCGAAAUGAAUUUGAGUCUCAAUCGGCUCAUGAAAACUUUACUAACACCCGUUGAGCCAUCGUUUGACAUCCCAGGCUUGACGGAGAAGUUUCUGAAUCAUGUGUCCUUACCAACUGGUAAAAAUAAGAAAUUGGUCAUUAUGAGCAAUUUUUAUUGUAAUAUUGGUCUUUUGUAUUGCACAACCCUGGACUUUGCAUACGAAAUCACAUUGAUGCAACGUGAUAUGCAAGUGUAUGGGGAAUCCGAAAAAGCAUUUACAUACUUUGCCCCAUCAAGAGGCGAGUUGUGCAUUGCUAAAUACUAUGGGAAAUGGUAUCGAGGAAAGUGCGUAAAUCUUGUCGGCAAUGGUUAUCCAAGCAUUUUGUUCAUUGAUUAUGGCCAUAUUACGCCAAUACACAUUAACAGUAUACGCCGGUAUCCACCACAAUUUGACUUCCCCAUAUUGACAACGGAAUUCGAUAUAGUUGAUCAACCGAAUGACUUAACUGAUGAGAUGAUUGCCCGACUUAAGAACCACUUCCUAACGGGCUCUAUAAUUGAAUUCGAUGAGGUUAUUUUCAAUGAAAAGCAAAACAAUUAUUCGCUUCGUAUCAAUGAUUUAUUUAAGAUACUAAAUGGUGCCUGAACUUGUGUGCAACAUUUUCC